CCCACCUCUUGUUUUCCCCCAACCCUGAGUCAUAUACAUUUGAGUCAGCGGUGAGUGUGAGUGCAUUUUGCUCCUUCUCUUCCUCUUGCUUCCUCUUCUUUUUAUAUCUGUCUUCCUCUGUCUCUCUUUCUCCAUCCUUCUCUCUCUUCUCUCUCUGAUUUUGAUCUCUGUCUACCCCUUCCCACAAAAUUUUUCACUCUCAUCCUCCUCUUCUCCCUCUGCUCCCUCACUCACGCGCUGUCUUGCGUCUCUCCCGGGAAUCCUAAGCGCAUCCCUGGUCUCGAAGGUGGACGGCGGCCCACUACCCAGGAGCCACCAUUCCCGCCCCGGAGAGCUCCACGCUGGCAGCGCAGCCCCUUCCGCGGCUCAGCAUUGGGAGGAAGACCCUGGUGGCAGCCGCCAUGGGGGUCAUGCUAGUCCUGGUGCUGGUGGUCCUCAUCCCCGUUCUGGUCAGCUCAGUGGGCACAGACGACGCCAGCCACUUUGAGAUGCUAGGCACCUGCCGCAUGGUGUGCGAUCCCUAUCUGGACUCAGGGGGCACAGGGAAAGCUACCUCCACCACGGGCCUCCAGGCGGAAGCAGAGGCUGAGGAGCUGAUUGACCACAGCAUCGGCCCGCCGCUGCCCACCUAUGGUGGCCAUGGUUCACAGGGAAAGCCUGGACGGCCUGGGAAACCCGGACCCCCGGGACCACCCGGAGAGCCCGGUCCGCCUGGGCCCAAAGGACCUCCAGGGGACAGAGGAGACGCUUUGAAGACGGGGUUACUGGGUCUGGGGGGCCAAGGAGCCAUCGCCACAGCCACCUACAGCACCACGCCACGGGUGGCUUUCUCUGCGGGACUCCGGAACCCCCAGGAGGGUUACGAGGUCCUGAAGUUUGACGAUGUGGUCACCAACCUGGGGGAUAACUACGACAGCUCGCUUGGCAAGUUCACGUGCAAGAUCCCCGGCACCUACUUCUUCAUCUACAAUGUGCUGAUGAGGGGAGGGGAUGGCACCAGCAUGUGGGCGGACCUGAUGAAGAACGGUCUGGUCAGGGCCAGUGCCAUAGCCCAAGACCAGGACCAGAGUUAUGACUACGCCAGCAACAGUGUCAUCCUUCAUUUGGAUGCCGGGGAUGCAGUCUUCAUCAAACUGGACGGGGGCAAGGCCCAUGGGGGCAACAGCAACAAAUACAGCACCUUCUCAGGGUUCAUCCUCUAUGCUGACUGAUUAGGGGGUCGUAGGUCAUGGUUUACAGGGCAUUCACUUCCUGUCUUUCACUCCUCACUCUCAUUCAUUCUCCAUAUAGAGUUCCAUUUUUUUUAUGGGGUGCCUAUUAUCAUUGUGAAGAUGCAGGGAGGUCUAUUGACAAUAGUGGUUCACUUAUGGUUGUUCUUUCAGUUAUGACGCUGAUGUAAGGGUGACUUUUUGACAGUGCAGAAAAGCAGCGCUGUUGUCAACCUAAACCUGCAUCACUUCAAAUGUACGUCUGGAAUUCAAUGGUUACGUGACUGUAUUGCGUAUCAAUAAUCUCCAUCGUUCAGACCUGGGUUCAAAUAGUACUGUUUUCCUUCAAAAACUUGAGCUCCCCUGGUACAGUGGAAUGAAUUGAAUCUUGAAUUGAAUCUUAAAAGUGCAUCUGUCACUAAAGACAGUCUCAAUCAAAUGCUCAAAGUCUUUCAAAAGAUACUAAUAUUAAUUCAACCCUGGUCUGAUAUUGUUACAUGGUAAACCCACAUUAAAGGGAUAGUUCCACCAAAUUACAAAAUAGAUAUGUUUUUCCUUUCCCUGUAAGCAGUCUUUGGAGACAGCAAUCCAUGCUUUGGUUUUGUUUACCAGGCUGCGGUCACCAAUUGCUACCUUUAGUAUUUUUGUCCAAAAACCAUGUCAGAUUAAUGUCACGCCAAUGUCUGCCAAAUUAGCAUGUUUUACACUUCAUACCCAAAUCAACGACUGUUUACAGGGUAAGGAAGUCACGUUUAUAUUUUGGGUGAAUUAUGCUACUAGCUUACAAGUAUUGGUAAAAACAAAUAGUAUUUUUUGACACUAGCAUUGCUUUUUCACGUUGUCAAAAUUGAGAUCCAUUGGGUCUCUUUAUGUUAGAGCAAUUUAGGAAUUAAGACACGUGUCAUUAAACCGACUGAGAUUUUUAACCCAGUGUUGUCUGAUGAAUAAGAUAUCUUGUAAUAGUACAUUUUUAAAUAUUAUUCAUUUAUUUCUAUGUAAAUAAAUAUCAAUGUGCAAACACCAUUGGAGCCAGAGUUCGGGUCAAUUCAAAAUGAAGGCCUUCAACACAGAAACUAAACUGAAAUUCCCAUUCAAUAAUUGAAAAAAGGGCCUCUAUUUUUACUGAAUUCUCAAUAAACUAAAAAGUAGAAGCUAUUUAUUCCAUAAGUGGUUAAGUUUUAGAAUUGUUUAUUCAAAUCACUUCCUGAAUUGAGUGCUUUCAAUUCGAAUUGACGCCAACACUGAUUGGAGCAGUGCCUGUACUGCACUUAUAACCCUGUGUGUAUAUAAAUAAAAUUAUAGUGUACAUAGACUGACCAGGCGAAUCCAGGUGAAAGUUCUGAUCCCUUAUUGAUGUCACCUGUUAAAUCCACUUCAGUCAAUGUAGAUGAAUGAGAGGAGACAGGUUAAAGAAGGAUGUUUACGUCUCGA